AUGGGCUCGAUGUUUAGGGGGGAACAAAUGCAGUUGUCUCAGUUGUUUUUGCAAAUUGAUUCAGCUUAUAUGUGUAUUGCUGAACUUGGUGAAUUAGGUGUUGUGCAAUUUCGUGAUAUUACAUCCGAAACGAAUGCUUUUCAGCGGAAAUUUGUGAAUGAAGUUCGUCGUUGCGACGAAAUGGAAAGAAAAUUAAGGUUCCUGGGAAAUGAGAUACGACUAAAUAAUCUCCAAUUGUAUGAGAGUGCUGAAAUUCCCGAAGCCCCACCUCCAAGAGAAAUGAUUGACAUGGAAACUACUUUUGAAAAACUUGAAAAUGAAGUAAAGGAAGUUAAUGCAAGCCUUGGUGAUUUGCGUCAAACAUAUUUCGAACUUCAAGAAAUGAAGCACCUUCUCCGAAAAACCCAGAUAUUUUUCGAUGAGGCAACGCCUAACGACUUUAUUACUGAUUUCAGUUCUAUCGCAGGCGUUAUUCUGCGUGAAAAACUGCCCCCGUUUGAACGAAUGCUUUGGCGCGCAUGCAGUGGCAAUGUCUUUUUAAAGCAGGCUGAAAUUGAGUUACCUCUAGAGGACCCGCUUACAGGUGAAAAAGUCUACAAAAUCGUCUUCAUAAUCUUCUUUCAAGGCGAUCAACUCAAGUCUCGUGCCAGCAAAAUCUGCGAGGGGUUCCACGCCACUGUCUACCCUUGCCCCGAGUCUGCAGCCGAUCGUCGUACCAUGCUGAUUGAUGUCAUCCAAAAAAUCGAGGACCUCGAAACCGUGCUCACACAAACCCAGCAGCACCGCCAGAGAAUCCUCGAAGCCGCCGCCAGAAACCUCAACAGCUGGUUCAUCCGUGUCCGGAAAAUGAAGGCCAUCUACCACACCCUCAACUUUUUCGACCUGGAUGUCACCACCAAGUGCAUGAUCGGGGAGUGUUGGUGCGCGCUAAGCGACCUCGACCAGGUCAACCUCGCACUCUGCCGCGGCAUGCAGAGGUCUGGCAGCACCAUCCAGCCCAUUCUCAAUGCCAUGCCCACGAGGGAUCAGCCGCCAACAUUCCACCGAACUAACAAAUUUACAGUGGCGUUUCAGAAGAUUGUUGACGCUUACGGCGUGGCGAAGUACCGCGAAGUGAAUCCCGCCCUCUUCACGAUAAUCACCUUCCCCUUUCUGUUUGCGGUCAUGUUUGGUGACGCGGGACACGGACUCAUCAUGUUCCUCUUUGCUCUCUGGAUGGUUUUGUGGGAGGAGCGGCUAAUAAGUAUGAAAAUCAAGGACGAACUGUGGGACACGUUUUUCGGCGGUCGAUAUGUCAUCCUACUGAUGGGGGCCUUCUCGAUCUACACUGGGAUAAUCUACAACGACGUGUUCUCCAAGUCAGUGAACCUCUUCGGCUCGUCGUGGUAUCCGGACUACGACAAACGCGCUCUCGUGGCCAAAGACCUGCUCCAGCUGGAGCCGCGGACAUCUGAGAACAUCACUGAGCCGAUGUUCGCCGGCCAGCCCUACCCGUUCGGUGUGGAUCCCGUCUGGCAGAUCUCCAGCAACAAGAUACCCUUCACGAAUUCCCUCAAGAUGAAAACCUCCAUCAUUUUGGCAGUCUUCCACAUGGUCUUUGGUGUGUCUCUCAGCUUCUGCAACGACAAAUUCUUCAAUAACUCCCUGUCCAUUUGGUGCGAGGCACUUCCCCAGCUACUUUUCCUUACUUCCAUCUUCGGAUACCUCGUCGUGGUCAUCUUCUACAAGUGGGCCGCCUACACAGCCGACGAGGCAUCUACAGCUCCCAGUCUCUUGUUGAUGCUCAUCAACAUGUUCCGGUUCAGUUACGAUGUAAGAGGCGGAUCUGGGGACUCGUUCUACAGUGGACAGGCCGUGGUCCAGUCGCUUCUGAUGUUCCUCGCUCUUGCUUGUGUGCCGUGGAUGCUCCUGACAAAACCACUCAUUCUACGCUGGCGUUUCAAGCAACAAGGAUCGGCACAGGGCGAACAAGGUGUUCCACCACGGCCACCACCGCCGAAGACAACCGACAUUGACGGUACCAGCGAAUUGACCGACACAAAGCCCGUCAACAACAUUGCCACAUCGGCUGCUGAUGAUGGCGACUACGGCAGCGACACUGAGAACUUUGAUUUCGGUGAAUGCUUGGUGUAUUCGGCAAUUCACACAAUCGAGUAUUGCCUAGGCUGCAUUUCCAACACGGCGUCGUACCUCCGGCUCUGGGCCUUAAGCCUCGCUCAUGCGCAACUUUCCGAGGUCCUGUGGAACAUGGUUCUACAAAACGGUCUGAAAAUCGACGCCUACUAUGGCAGCGUUCUUCUUUUCCUCGUGUUCGCUGCAUGGGCAGGACUAACAGUCGGUGUUCUUGUUUUAAUGGAGGGUUUGUCUGCUUUUCUGCACGCGAUUCGAUUGCACUGGGUGGAGUUCCAAAACAAAUUCUAUUCUGGCACUGGAUAUCCCUUUGAUCCACUGUCUUUUAAAACCUACAUCUCACUUCCUAUUAAUGAAGCCUAA